AUGAGGGUCUUCUUCAUGAUCCUCACCGCAGUGUGCGUUAUAGGAAAAGUAAAUUCUAUGUCGACAUGUAAGACUUUAGACUUGGAGAUGGUUCGAAAGAAACGCAUUGAGGCCAUCAGGAGUCAGAUUCUGAGUAAACUGCGUCUGCCCAAAGAGCCAGAAGCAGAGCAGACUGAAGAGGACGAUGAGAUCCCCAACUCCCUGCUGUCCCUGUACAAUAGCACCACUGACCUGCUGAAGCAGCAGCAGGAGCAGGCGCCCACAGACGUGUUCAUGGAGCAAGAGGAGGAGGAGUACUUCGCCAAGGUGCUGCACAAGUUCAACAUGACUGCCAAUGAAAAUGACACGGCGACCAAAUCCAAAAGUGUGUCCAUGAACUUCAGCAUGGCAGACAUACGGACGAGUGUGGGGGACCCCUGGCGGCUCACCACGGCCGAGCUGCGGAUAUUCAUCAAAAAUCCGAGGAUCCCCUUGGAGCAGCGUGUGGAGCUGUACCAAGGCGUUGGCCCCUCUGCGCGAUACCUGGCGUCUCGAUUCAUCACCAACGAAAUGAAAGACUCGUGGGUCUCUUUUGACGUCACUAAGACUCUUCAGACCUGGUUGAAACCCUCAGAGAAGGACCAGCAGAGUUUUCAAGUCCGAGUCUUCUGUGAGUGUGACCAUGCCAGUGUGGACAACCAAUUCAUGUUUGACAUUUCUGGGGUCCACAAGGGGAGAGGAGACCAGCAAAUAUUACAGACUAUGACAGAGCAGCUUCCCUAUAUCCUCACUAUGUCCAUCCCUCAAAAUGUCAGCCGGCAGCUCACAUCACGCAGAAGACGCUCCACUGACGCAAAGGACACCUGCACAGCCCAGACAGAGACAUGCUGUGUGCGGAGCUUGUACAUUGACUUCAGGAGGGAUCUAGGAUGGAAGUGGAUACAUAAGCCCACGGGCUACCACGCCAAUUACUGCAUGGGCUCCUGCACUUACAUUUGGAACGCUGAGAAUAAAUAUUCACAGAUCUUGGCCCUGUACAAACAUCACAACCCAGGAGCCUCAGCCCAACCGUGCUGCGUUCCCCAGAGCCUCGAGCCGCUGCCAAUCCUCUACUACGUGGGCCGACAACACAAGGUGGAACAGCUGUCCAAUAUGAUCGUGAAGUCCUGUAAGUGCAGCUAA